AUGUCGAACGUAAACACAGGCGAGCUAUUAGAUUUUCAAGAUUACUCGCCUGAACAUAAUCGCAGCGCUAGAAUCGACGUGGAAGCUGUACACACAAAUCAGUAUAAUAAUUCCAACACCAGCUACGAUUAUGUGGAACCCAAACCUGUAGUGGAAGAUGAUCCGCCUCCAAAGAGUGGAAACCAUAACUUCUGGACCAUAGAAUACUAUCAGAAAUAUUUUGAUGUACAUACAGAUGAAGUAGUGGAGAGAAUUAUAUCAUCUGUAUUGCCUCAAAAGGUUUCACGUAACUACUUUGAUGAGAGAAUCAAAGGUAAACCUGACCUGUAUGGACCUAUCUGGGUUUCGGUGACAUUGAUAUUUACAAUAGCAGUCAGUGGAAACAUUGCCAGUUAUCUGCAAAAUGCAAACAAGGCAAUACAUUGGAAAUAUGAUUUUCACCUUAUGUCAUAUGCGGCUACUGCAAUAUCAUGCUACGUGUGGUUAGUCCCUCUGGCUUUAUGGGCCGCCCUUAAGUGGACUAUAACUCCUGAUGUAGACCAAAUUGAGACUCAAGCAUCAGCAUCACCGACUAUGAUGUCACUUUUCUGCCUCUACGGUUAUUCCUUGUCAAUAUACAUUCCUGUGGCAAUUUUGUGGACAAUUCAAGUGUCCUGGCUCCAAUGGCUCCUGGUUCUUCUAGGCGCUUUUGUAUCUGGAGCUGUUUUGAUUUUCUGGCUUUUACCAGCAUUGAGGAAAUCAAAAUAUUUUAUCAUUUUAGUGGGAUGUAUUUUAGCAUUGCAUUUCUUGCUAGCUGCUGGUUUUAUGUUGUAUUUCUUCCAUGUACCGGAAACAGAGCCAGAAGCGGUUAUUGCGACUACUUUUAAACCUUAG